GGGCACUCAACUCGACAGCUCUCAGAACCGUAGCUCGCAUUUCAUUAGCUUCGCAUCCAGCGACCGGUUCAUUCCACAAUCGUCGUCGCUCCCAGCGAGAUCUGUGUGCGCGUGCGCGGCUUCAACAACAACAACAACAAGAGCAACCCACGCGAGACACCUCAACGAGUUAGAGGAAGAGAAUAACCGAACACAUAUACGAUUGCUAUUGCGAUUGCGAUUUGGGGAAUACUCCGGCAAAAUUCAACGCGUUUCGUUUCGUUUUUUAUGCAAAUCGCGGAUGAGUGAAUACAACAACAACAACAAAAAAAAAAGUGUAGAACGGUGAAACGAUGCAAAGGAGAUGACAACGACGAACGAGAAGUCGAAGACGAAGAAGUAACAAACUUAAGUCACAUUUCGUCACUGGCGUGAAAGUAAAAAUUCUUUGUGCCUCAUUUGGUAUUGUGAAAUUCACAGUUAUUCAUAGUUUCGUGGCAACAGCAUCGACAACAAAAGAGAUUUUCGCUCUGACUGCGAAUAUUACGAAAUGAUCGUAAAACUCGCGUAACCAACAGCAAAUCCACAAGAAAACACACCGACAACAACAACAACAACAUCAAAAGCAAAUAGAAAACAAAAUCCAAGUCAAGAAAUGAGUAAUGAGAGUUUAUUCAGUGUCUGUGUCUUGCUCUCUGUGAAUGUGUCUGUGUGCUGUUAAUUGAUUGCCAAAAAAAAAAGGUGUAAAUGUAAAUGUUUAUUGUGCACAUUUAACGGCAACUUUUUUGGAGCAAAUUCUACCGUUAUUUGCAUUGUCCACAUACAUAACACACAUACUAGGAAUCGAAGACAAGUUGAAGCAGAGGACUAGGAGAAGUAGAAGUCGCCAUCACAAUUCGCACACUGUGGCCAGCGGGAGACGAGCAGCAAACCGAAUGCAGUAUCUCAACUACGCACUGCAGACAUCCACGCGACUGCUGACCAGCCAGAGCAAUAGCAAUAGCCAUAGCAAUAACCACAGUCAGAGCCAGACGGCAGCCAAGGCGGCGGCGGCGGGUAGACAACAACAGCAACAACAACAACAACAGAAAGAAAUUGAAGAGGAGCAAAUAGCACACGCCUGUUGCAGUCGAGGCGCACAAUUGCUGAGAUUGCGCCACCAGGAGCUGGCCAAGCGACGUGCCCUUGAGCUAGAGGAUCAGCUAAACGCCAACGCCAUCAGCUGUGCCCAGGAUAACGACGACGACGAGGACAGCGAAGCAUCUAGCGCGACAGAGGAAGGCGCAGUUGGGGGACAUCUGGAGGCGGAGUCGGGGGCAACAGAGAGGCGGCACAUCCAGAAAUCCAGCGAGUCGGCGCCGCAGCCAGUCCAAUGA